AUGCAACUUCCACCUCCCACCUUCUCUCGCACGUCUGUUGUCGUCGGUGUGGCCGAAGCCUUCUUCUUUGUUCCCGUCACCAGUAUUGUGCAAACACUCUAUUACAAGGCAACGGGCCAGUUCGAUCCCUCGCGUUUAACCGCCCAAGAGUACGGGAGACUUGCUCUUCACGGUACGUCAUGA